AUGCAGAACCAUAUCUUCCGGCCAAUAUGCGACCUGCAAAACUUGCCACAGCCGGCGAAUCGAGAAGAGAGACUGAAGGUCAUCAUCACCAAUCUUGAAAAGCAGCAGCAGAGUGCUCGAGCAAGCCUUCUAAAAGAAGCCCGUAACGAGCUUGAAGCAAUGAGGAGUGGUGGCAGUGAUGCCGACGAAACGGACGAGAACAGCGAACCCGCACCACCGGACUACAGCAGCUUCAUUACGAACUUAAACACACCAUUUGCCGACGGUGCAAGCGACCCUUGUCUACCCACUGUAACGAAUGUCCCAGCUUCGAACCAGCGGGUCAAGCAAGCGCUAGCGCCUUUAGAGGUCGACGUUGCCCUUCGGGUUACCCAGCAAAUGGACGAAUACGACAGACAUGCCGCGCAGGCACGGGAGUACUACGUCAAAGCAUUGGAGCGAGUCAGACCCGCGCCAACAGAAGCGCAGCCGACCCAAAGUGCCUAUGGCAGCGACCAUAGUGAACGGCCAGGUUCGUCUUAUCUGCACAAACAGAACUCUUGCGAUCGCGAGGUACUGAGUGACUAUGGAUUUCCAACGGAUGCCGACGGCAGUAACCACGACCGACGCCAUGUCUACGUGUGCCUACACGAACCAGAAGACUUCCAAGAUGUGGCUUCUUCGACAAGGCAGACACAUCGAAUCAACGAUCCGUCCAAAGAAGCUAGUACCCGUAGUACCCACAGCACCGACGCUGCGGUUAUGCCUACAAGACCGCACCUCUAUGUCGUCCUUACCGCAGACGUUUCGGCCCGUGGAGACGGCGACGGCGGAGUCGUACUUGCCGGCGCCUUCUUUUCGGAACAAUGGGCAGAAGACCGGAAGUUUGCAAUUACACGAGACCAUAUCUCGCCGGAGAAGACAAGAAGCGUCGCCAAUGAGAUCAUCGGCCGCACGGGCAGGCAAGGCUACAACGUCAAGCAGAAGGAGACCACGACGUUUCUCGCCUAG